AUGGUGCAGUGGAGAAGACACAUGCCUUUGGUGUGGACCAAACACUCUGCUGUGUGGGACUGUGUGGACAGUGUGGGACAGUGUGGACUGUGUGAGACAGUUGUGGGACUGUGUGGACUGUGUGGGACUGUGUGGGACUGUGUGGACAGUGGGGGACAAUGGGGGACAGCGUGGGACUGUGUGAGACUGUGUGGGACAGUGUGGGACAGUGUGGACAGUGUGGGAUUGUGUGGACAGUGUGGGACAGUGUGGGACUGUGUGGACAGUGGGGGACAGUGUGGGACAGUGUGGGACUGUGUGGACAGUGGGGGACAGUGUGGGACAGUGUGGGACAGUGUGGGACAGUGUGGGACUGUGUGGGACAGUGUGGACAGUGUGGGAUUGUGUGGACAGUGUGGGACAGUGGGGACAGUGUGGGACUGUGUGGACAGUGGGGGACAGUGUGGGACAGUGUGGGACAGUGUGGACAGUGUGGGACAGUGUGGGACAGUGUGGACACCAGUGGCUGACAGCUUGUGUCUGAACUGUCCCUGCCUGCCUCUAUAG